AUGGCCACUUCAAAGGGCCUUCCCCGCGACACCUUCGCAAAGCUCUCCCCACACCCAUUUCUUCUUGCCAACCUGCAACCUCCUGCACCUGCCAACGCAGCUCGCAGCAACGGCCGCGCCCCGGACGAGGCCCGCGUCCCCAAUAUCAACACCUCUUCUCUCACGCACGCCAAUGGCAGCGCCGUUGUCCGUACUGGUGAUACCACCGUCAUCUGCGGCGUUCGCGCAGAGACAAUCCUCGCCUCCGACAUCCCCAACUUCCGCCGCCACAACGCUCUCAGCGCAACCGAGACAGACGGCGCAGCGGAACUGAAGGACUAUGACCUCCUCGUGCCUAACAUAGAGCUUGCUACUGGUUGUGCGCCGCAAUUUCUCCCCGGCGUUCCCCCGACGACGCUCGCGCAGACGCUGAGUACGCGGGUUUACUCACUGCUGCACUCUUCCAAGCUUGUCGACGCGGAGGAUCUGAGGAUAUGGUACAGACGGCCCGCUGAGAACGCAGCUGAAGAUGACGACGAGGACAAGAUGGAGGAUGAUGAGGAAAAUUCGGAUGGCGAGAAGGUUGUGAUUGCGUAUUGGGUCCUUUACAUUGACAUAUUUUUCAUCUCAUUCGACGGCAACCCGUUCGACGUCGCCUGGGCCGCCGUCCUUGCCGCUCUCCACGACACCACCAUUCCCAGUGCUCGCUGGGACCCCGACCGCGAGAUGGUAAUCUGCUCUCGCGAUGAGCCCAAGUCUUUGACUCUGCAUGGCUUCCCCGUUGCUUGCACAGCAGGCGUGUUCACAGGCAAGGAGACAACCGACAAGCCCGUAGAAGGCAAGUUCUGGACUUUGGUCGACCCUGAUACAUUGGAGGAGGGACUCUGCGACGAAGAAGUUACGGCGGUGGUGGAUCGAAGCGGAGGAGAGACCAAGAUUCUUUCGAUAUCGAAGCACGGCGGCACGGCGCUGCAACCGCAGUUGAUACGGGAGUAUGUGGGCGUUGCGGAGCGGAGGUGGGAGCAGAUCAAGCAGGCUAUGGCAUGA